UUCAAGGGCGCGGGAAUGGUGUAAAGCCCAACCAGACAGUGGAUUAGGGAAUGUCUAUGCACGUCCUAUCGUCAGUUUAGUGGCCAAUAUAAUGCGGCUGUGGGCGUGUUUGAUGGGGCUAUGGGCCGGAUUGAGCCCAAUUCGAGCCCAUAGUGUGCAUACCCGGGGUGAACCGCCCGCUCAGGCGGGGAUGGGGUCGUCUUUUACCGUGAAUAUGCCCGGAGUGAAGCCACAGGGACAGGAUUCAUAUUUGUGUACGGCGUUUAAGGUGUCGGAUUUGCCGGUGGAAAGCCAUCCGUUCUAUAUCACCCGCUUUGAGCCGUCGCAAGCCCGGGGCGAGCGGGCUCAUCACAUGCUUUUUUACGGCUGUAAUAAGCCGUUUGGAUAUAAACCCGGCGAAACUUGGGAUUGUCGACAUCAUACGGUGUGUCAGGAAGGGUCGAGCGUUAUGUACGCUUGGGCCAAGAAUGCCCCGCCUACCACCUUACCCGCUGAUGUCAGUUUUGCUAUGGUGGACACACCGUACUUUGUGCUGCAAGUCCAUUAUGUGAACUCUUUGGAGGAAGCGGAUAACACGGGCCUUCAGUUGUAUUAUCAGACGCAAGCCACCAAAUAUUCAGCCGGCAUUUACCUCCUACUCCGGUCAAACCUACACAUUCCUCCCAAUGUGGCCAAAACUCACGGGGAUAUCAAUUGUCAAGUGGCCUCAUCCAAGCCCAUUCAUUUGUUCGCCUAUCGAACUCACGCUCACAAAUUGUCUACUGUCAUAUCGGGCUAUAUCUACUCGGCGGAUUCGGAUUCCUACACACCCAUCGCCAAAGGCAAUCCCCAAUGGCCUCAAGCUUUCUAUCCCAUGGACCAGAUUCACACCGUCAAGUCGGGGGAAUUCCUAGUGGCGCAGUGCACCUACGACACCAUCGGAUUCAAUCAAAGCACUCGCAUUGGUGCCACGGCGGGUGAUGAGAUGUGCAACCUUUAUCUGAUGUAUUAUAAGGAGGACUCUCAUGCUGAAUAUAAGAGUUGCUUCGACGUUCAGUCCACCAAGGUAGCCGAAAACAUUCCAAAGGACUCCGAUGUUCCUCUGCCUCCAAAUCCACUCUUGGAAGAACACGCCAAGCAUAGCCAUUUAGAUGAAGACAGCAUCACAACUCAUCGUUCCCGAGGUAAAGGAGAUUUGGACAACCCUUUGGAAGAGCCGAGUUCGGCCCAAGAAAAAGGUGGACGACGAAAAGGCGAUUUGGAAGCUCCCGUCGUAGACGAGACUCUGACCAAUGUCAAAUCAGUGGAGAUUCAUAUGGUCGGUGCCGUUCCGACGAUAAAUGAUGACUACAUGUGUCAAGCCUUCGAAAUCAAGAAUGUUCUUGAAAAUAAGUGUCGAAUCUAUAUUACCCAGUUUGAUGCCAACGCCAAUGCCCAAAGAGCGCACCACAUGAUUCUUCAGAAAUGCCGGCGACCCCUGAAACGCGAGGGAGAAAUCUGGAAUUGUUUGCAUCACUCCAUGUGUGAUGACCAGUCCAAGAUCAUGUAUGCUUGGGCCAAGGAUGCUCCGCCGACUGCGCUUCCACCAGAUGUAGGAUUUUCCUUGGAUGCGGACGAUGGGUUCUUGGUUCUCCAAGUCCAUUACAAGCACCCUUUGGAUGAAAAAGAUUUCACGGGAUUGACCAUGCAUUACACAGAGGACAGGCCAUCAAACAUCGCUGGGAUUUAUCUGUUGUACCGGUCCUACUUGCGGAUUCCACCUCAAGUACCCGUUGUUCAUGGAAAUAUUAAUUGUCGAAUUCCGACCCCAAUGACUCUAUUUGCUUUCCGUACUCACACCCAUAAGUUGGGUAAAGUUGUCACUGGAUACAAAUUCAAGGAUGGCGAGAUGAAGGAGUUUGCCCGUGGAGAUCCCCAGAAGCCUCAAACAUUUUACCCCAUGAAACAAUUCGAAACAAUCGAGUCUGGAGAUUAUUUAGUCGCUCGAUGUGUAUUUAACAGUAUGUCGAUGAAUGACACCGUUCGAAUUGGCGCUACUGCACAGGAUGAAAUGUGCAACUUAUACCUUAUGUAUUAUAGCCCAGAUGAAAACAAUAACUUUCACUUGUGCGGAGACGAACAAAUACGUCACAUCAGCACGCUUAUUCCUGAAGACACUCAAAAUCAAAUUCAAGGAGAAUUGCCCAUAUCUUAUUCCAACGAAGACAAUUCCAACUAUUUGGAUGUAAACUCAUCUGCAUUCGUUCCGAGUAAAAUCAAAAAGAAAGGUGGGUCCUCCGAUCAUCUUCGCUUCCGAAGACACGCUUCGUACUCUAACAACCACAUGCAACCUGGACAGAUCUAUCCGCAACAGCCGAUUCCUGUUCAAUACUCUUACCCUUCUCAAUCCCAAUAUCCCCUUCCCUAUCCAAUGCAGCAAGUUCCUCAAAAUAAUCCCCCUGCACUUGCUCCUCCCUCAAGUCCCAUUCAAUAUGGCUUCCCCGUAAUGGGUCCUAAUACUAACAACUUUGGUCUGGGUCAAUACAAUGGAGGUGUGGGUGGUGACGGGUUCUAUUCGCAAUUUCUGCCUCAAGCGGGCCAACCAGAUCCGAAUCUGCAACAACAACAACCACAACAACAGUUUGGUCCUCGGCCUGUGAAUCCCCAAGAUCAAACCAAAGAGCCUAAUUCGGUGACAAGGCCGUCAACCGAGGCCACGACUCGAAAACCUCGUCCAAUCGCUAGCAUUCAUGGUGUUAAUGAAGGAAACCGGAAGGGAAAGCAAAUGGAGAAAGGCCUCUAUCCAGUGCCAAAUUGGCCGCCAAAGAUAACCAUGGACAAGAUCGGACAAGUUUCUGGCGUGUCUCUGGAUAUUUAUGGCAACCCCGUGGUAUUUCAUCGUGGAGAUCGAAUCUGGAAUUUCAAUACCUUCAAGUCAAAUAACGUCUAUAGUGGGGAUAAAGAUAAACCGAUCAAAGAUGACACCAUUCUAACUCUGGAUGGCGCGGGCAACAUCAUCAAUUCAUGGGGAUCCAACUUGUUCUUCCUCCCACAUAUGUUAACUGUUGAUAAACAAAACAAUAUUUGGGUUACGGAUGUAGCCAUGCAUCAAGUCUUCAAGUUCCAGCCCUAUGGAGGACCCACCAAGAAACCCGUCAUUGUUCUGGGCGAUCCCUUCGUUCCUGGUCGAGAUGAUCGACAUUACUGCAAACCCACCGCUGUAGCUGUUUCUGACGAUGGCAAGACGUUUUACGUGGCUGAUGGUUAUUGUAACUCUCGGAUUAUUAAGUACAGUCUACGGGUGGAUAAGGAUGGCUAUCACAAUGUGUCUAUUGUAACUCAAUGGGGACAAGCCAACGGAGCGGGUUUGAGUAUCACUCGUAGUCCUUACGCCUUCAACAUUCCUCAUGGUUUGGCUUUAGCCUCGGACAAGAACUUGAUUUGUGUGGCAGAUCGAGAAAACGGCCGAAUCCAAUGUUUUAACGCCGAUUCCGGAAACUUUGUUCGUUCCCUUCAACCUCCUGAAAUGGGUAGCACUGUCUAUAGUGUGGACUACGCCCCUGUUGGAGGAGGAAGAAUCUACGCUGUGUGUGGACCUGAACCUUUUGGAGUCCUAACCGGCAAAGUUACCCAAGGUUAUGUCAUUGACAUCAAUUCUGGCAACGUUCUCUCUACCUUCAAUGGGGAUGGAAAAGGCUUCCAAAAGCCGCAUGACUUGGCCGUCACUCCCAAUGGUUCCAUUGUGUACGAGGUCGAAUUACAGCCAUUCAAAGUGUGGAAACUGACCGAUGGAAAAACUGUCAUUCCUGGUAACGCACUCCCAACCUAUCCUGCCGUCCCUGGAUCCCCCUUCCAAACUGACGGGCUCAAUCCUGCCUCUAAACUUGCCAAAGAAAGCCUCGAGAAGAUCGGGAACAUGAUUCCAACCUCGGGUAUUGGUGCCACUGUGGCCUUAGCCUCUGUGGUUCUCACAUGCUUGAUCUCGCUUUGUUUAGCCUGUCGAAGGUGUCGGAAACGAGGAAAGGGAACCAUGACUGCAGGAGCCAAAAAGAAAGGGGACGGAAAAUUGGAUUUGGGAGACUUGCUGGGUCGAUCCAAAGAGGGAUUCCAGCCUCUGAAGCAAGACGACGACGACGAAGCAGCCAACUUGUCUAGUGAUUCCGAUGAUUUGGAAGAAUUCUCAGUGCCCGCUCUUCGAGCUUAUGAACUACGUUAUCGGCCUCAAAUCAGAAGACAUGAGAGACGCGAAACUCUGUUUUUGACUUAAUCCCGCCUGUGAUAAAUUCCGAAUUCAAAGGAUUGGCGUUGUGCUUCCUGACCCCUCGAACAGGAUUGUGGUUGCUUUCUUUCGUGUAUGCUACGUUAUACAUUUUUUUAAAUUGUUCAAUGUGAGUUGCUGUUUCAUGUUUAGCUAGUAAUUCAAGCUUUAGAUGUCUAGAACAAUGUUAGUCCAUCAUUGUAUAGUUUACACCUCAGAUCCCAAACAUGCUCUAUUCCAAAUUGACAAGAUGUAUUCUAGCACCUUAAAUAUACAAACUGUACAAGUGGA